CACAGGUGACCGCAGACACUUGAGUUGUGACAACAUCUCGACCGUCAAAACGAAAACAAAUUAGCGAACGAAGUGCAGUCGGUCGUCGGCGGCGUGUCGGUGUGUGUGCGGAGAUGCAGUGAAAGCUAAGACUCUCAAACUCUGCCUUUGCCUUUUGCCGCGGCCCUUCGCUGACAGUUGUUUGCGGGGUUGUUAUCACAGCGGUGAGGAGCGCGCGCGCACUUUCCCUCAACCUGACUCGUUCUGUCUGACCUUCAGAGCGGGCUCUUCACCAACCAGACAUGUAGUGACCAGAGAAAGAGUUUAAUCAUCUUUGUGAGCUCUCUUUUCCUCUCAUACAGCUUCCUUUACUUCUCGGGCUGGACUGUGCCGCAUUAACAUCGGCUCGCCCUCCCCUGCCCCCUCGCCCCCCAGCAAUGGCCUCACGUAUCGGGCUGCGGAUGCAGCUGAUGCGAGACCAGCUGCAGCAGGAGGAGCAGCGUGAGCGGCAGCAGCAGCAGCAGAAUGCAGCCCUGCAGUACAUGCAGCAACGCAUGGCCGGGCCUCCUGCACCCACGCCCGCCAUUAGCACCCCGCAGCAUUACCAAAGCAUGCAGGUCCCAGUGGAGGUCCUGAAGGUACAGACUCACCUCGAAAACCCGACAGACUAUCACAUCCGUCAGUCACGGAAGCAACAGGUGAAAGAAUACCUUUCAACCACCUUCGCCACCAAACAGACAGUCAACGCAGUAGCAGGGAUAAUGCCACCAUCUUCUCCCACAAACAUGGGACCUGCUGGGGGUUCAGCAUCAGCACCUCCUCCUCUGCACUCCCCCCACAUGCGCACGGAGCAGCUCAUGUCUGGGAACAGCGCCCCCAACAGCCCCAUGGCCAUGCUGAACAUCGGCUCCAGCCAUGAAAAGGAGAUGGACGAGGUCAUUGAUAACAUCAUCAGUAUGCAGUCCAAUUACGACGAAGCAUUCAUUGAUUCCAUUCAGAUGCCAAACACACUCCCACUGUCAAGCAGUCACCUGGAUGUGUACACUGGUCCUGGAAUGAAGGGGCCCGCCAUCGCCAUGACAAGUAACUCCUGUCCUGCCAAUCUGACUAUCAAGAGAGAACUGUCAGAAGCCCGUGCGCUGGCCAAGGAGAGGCAGAAAAAAGACAACCACAAUCUGAUUGAAAGGAGGAGGAGAUUCAACAUUAAUGAUCGCAUCAAGGAGCUUGGCACCAUGAUCCCCAAAACAAAUGACCUCGACGUGCGCUGGAACAAAGGCACUAUCUUGCGGGCAUCUGUAGAGUAUAUUAAGCGCAUGCAGAAGGAUGUGCAGAGAUCCAGAGAGGUGGAAAACAACUUCAAAAGAAUGGAAAUGGCCAAUAAGCAGCUGUUGCUUCGCAUCCAGGAGUUGGAGAUGCAGGCUCGUCUGCAUGGGCUACCUAGCACCUCUCCCUCUGGCUUCAACCCAACUGACAUGGUGCCUUCCUACAUAAAACAAGAGACCAGCCCAGAGGAGAACAUGUCCCACCAGCAGCAACAAGUCCACCACCAGCAGCAGCAUCUACCCCACAACCAGGCUCAGCCACAGAUCCAGCAGCACCAUUUCCUUCCCCAGACCCACCACCACCCUCAGGUCCAGGCCCAGCAUCAGCCAAGGCAGCUGCCACCACUCCCACAGCAGCUCCAACCCCAGCAGCCCAUCCAGUACCCAGCCGUGGGCAGCUCCCAGCCCUUUGACUUUGUCCAAUCGCUGGACUUGUGCGAUGGCAUCCCUGGUUUCUCAGACGGCAUGUCAGGGUUGGGUGACCUGGGUGGACUGGAUGUCCAGGGGAGAAGAGGCGAUUUGAGCUUCUUGAUUAUGGAUGAGCCUUUGUCUCCAAUGGGUGGCGACCCGCUGCUCUCUGCAAUGUCCCCAGAGGCCUCUGUCGACUCUAGCCGCAGAUCCAGCUUUAGCAUAGACGAUGGGGACAUAAUGUAGACAUAUACGCACACACACACACACACAUGCAAUUACACACUCGAGGGUUCAUCGUGGUCAUAGAUGAAAUAUCAGCAAGGUAGAAAAGAACACAGCAAAUACACAAAAAUGAAGGAAUCAUUUACUCAUCACACAGUUUUACAUACAGCAGCGACACUCAGUUAUGGUACAAUUAUCUCUGUGAUGGUAAAGAGCAUCUUCACAGAAGGAAACAUGCUGUUCAGAGUAGGCAUUUGUGUGUACACUCACACUCAGACACAACACACACACUCACACAAGAGCCUGUGAUCUGAGCAGCUUUGAUCAGAGCAGAGCAGUUUAAAACUUUGCAGACCAGCACACUGAGCAUUGACUAGUAGUGACUUAGCACAGCCAGACCAGUUACAUAGCACACUUAUCCUUAUUUCCCUGAAAGUGUCUCUGAACCGUAAUUGGACAGCGGACAAAACCAACAGUUAAUUAGUCCAACGCCAUAUGAGACAAGGAGAAGUCAGCCCAUUGUCUGGCCUGACAGAUGACAGGUUAUUUCACUCCUGCACACAACCUCACACAGUAACUGUAAAUGAUUGGAGGAAUGAUAGUUGAUAAAACGGAAAGAGCUUUUUGGUCCUGCAUGCAUGAUUUAUCUGGAUGGAAGAGGUCAGAUCACAUAGUUGCGUUCCUCACUCUGUUCUUCCACAGUUGGUUUUAGCCUCAAACACUGGCUGUUUAUUGUUUGCCAAACUUCUGUGGAGGCCCGCUAAGUGGGAGUGUUCACCUUUAGAGAGUCCAUCGCUGGACUGUAAACAAUCAGAGGCAAAAAUUCAGCUCGCAGCAAAGCCCUUUACAUGAUCUGUGUUACAUUUACUCCACUUUAAGUUGAAACCCUUGUCUUAUUACUAACACACGCAGGCACCCACUGCCAUCACUGGUUUCCAGCACCUAUGAGGUGUCACGAUCUGCACUGGAAGGCGAUGUACUAUGAUGGAGAAAGCACAGAGAAAUACUUAGGAUGAUCAAAAUCAGCAAGUCUAUAAUGUGUCAAAAAUACUCAGGUAUUAUCAAAGAAUUCACAAGAUGGCUCCCGUUUGAACAGAGGUUAUUGACCAUAACUGUGUCUGUGUCUCUUUGCCCCAAUCUGUGUCUUUUGAUUUAUGCAGCUACUUCUCUUCAUGUUUAUUUUUCUUAUAAACUGGGGGUCAUUUUUGGGCUUUAGUUGUGCCUUUAAAUGCACCUUUCUGCAGUUUGCUUUAACUCUACUUUUAUCGGUUCAGAUGAAAAACUUGUUAUUGUGUAUCCAAGUAACUUUUUAGGGUUUGUUCAGGAAGCCUAUGUGAAAGAAAAAGCGUUCAGGUUUUACAGGAGAAAGGAAAUGAGGACGUUUGCUCUUGAGUUCAGUGUCUCUUUUAAAAAAAAGCCUCAUCUUAGAGCUCACUCUCAUGCUUUCAGACUCACGCAUGCUCAGAAUGAAACACACAUGUACAUUCUUGGGCUCAGACAUGUAAAUAAAGUGCAGUGUGCCUUGAGGCUGUUUUCAGAUCACCCUCCUACAGCCUCACUCACCCCCCCCCUUGUGAUGGAAGUAACUCAGCCGGUUGCAGAGGUAAAGCUCAGGUCUUUGUUCAGGCUGUCAUCUGCAGGUAAUUCAUUUCUCCGGUUGUCAGGGUGAUGAUUUGAGCAGGUUGUGGUGCACCUGUGUUGUAUCUCUGUUGUGUAACACCUAAGGCUUGGCUUUAAUUUGUUAUUGCCUUUGAUCAGAACAGAAAAAGUUAGGAAAAAAGAAAAGUUCAUGAUGAUUUUUUAAAAACUUUGAUUAAAAAAGUGUUUGUUUUCUUUACUUUAGAGUUUGUUGUUUAUUGUAUCUCCCAAAGCACUGGAAACUAUAUUAUUAUUUUGACUUUGUAAAUGGAAUUUGAUUUUACUGUAUAUGUUGUAUGCCACUAAGCCACUUAACUGUAUUUUAUUUGUAUUUGUUGUUUUAGUUUUGUUUUAAUUCUAUUCCAAAACUACCCCCUCUUCUUAGAGCCAAUUUUUCUAGAAGUCACUGUAAACGCAUUAAGCCAGUUUUUCACUGGAAAAAGACCGGGAAAACAUUUAUUACCUUCUCGAUUUCAGAUGAGAGACGAUUAGAUUUUUGUGCAUUGAAGAUACCAUUUUUAUAUGACUGGGGUUUUCAUUUUUCUCUCUGUUUUAACUUUUUUGAUUUGAAGCCAGACAAGAUGAUUAUGUGAUUUGACUGAAAUAAAAUUGCGCCUUUGAUGAAUGUAAGGUUUGCUAGGUUUUGCAGUCAGACUGAAGUAUGUCAUCAUUUUGCCCCACCUGCCCCUUUCCUGCCCGACUUCUGUGUCUGGACUGGAAGACGAUUGACUUUGCGGAACUCUGUGUCAGUGUUUUUGUGACUGCCUGGAGUUGUACCACAGACUGUGCGUUUGUUGUUGUCCACAUUAGUGCCUUUCUGCUGCAGUUGGACUGUGCUUAUGCAGUCACUCAGCCAACACUCCAAAGAGCUCCUCAGGCCUCCUCUGACCUUCCACUUUUGGGCGCUCUGCAGGGCAGCCACACAGGGAAAAGUGGUUCUGUAUUAGCAGAAGACAUAAAAUCUUUUACCAGA